AUGGAGUCCAACGCGACUACCUUCACCUCGGUGUUGGCCAAUGCCAAGCUUGGCAAUGUCAAUGUCCCUCCCCAGAUCGACUACAUGAUCGAGACCGUCACCAACGCCAGCGCCUGGACCAUUCUCUUCACACUGUUGGCCCUCGCCGUCGCAUAUGAUCAGAUCAGCUACAUCAUGUCCAAGGGCACCAUUGCCGGCCCUACCUUCAAGAUGCCCUUCAUUGGUCCCUUCUUGGAGUCCGUCAACCCCAAGUUCGAGGAAUACAAGGCCAAAUGGGCCAGCGGUCCCCUCAGCUGUGUCUCCGUCUUCCACAAGUUCGUUGUCAUUGCCUCAACUCGUGAUAUGGCCCGUAAGGUCUUCAACUCCCCCGGAUACGUUAAGCCCUGCGUUGUCGACGCCGCCCACAAGCUCCUUGGCCCCACCAACUGGGUGUUCCUCGACGGCAAGCCCCAUGUCGACUUCCGCAAGGGACUCAACGGCCUCUUCACUCGCCAGGCCCUGGCUUCUUACCUGCCCGGUCAGGAGCAGGUUUACAAGCAGUACUUCCAAGAGUUCUUGCAGACCACCAAGAACGCUGGCGACAAGCCUGUUCCCUUCAUGCCGCAUCUCCGUGAUCUCAUGACGGCCGUUUCCUGCCGCACCUUUGUCGGCUUCUACAUCUCGGACGAGGCCGUUCGCAAGAUCUCCGCCGACUACUUCCUCAUCACUGAGGCUCUCGAACUGGUCAACUUCCCCAUCAUUCUUCCCUACACCAAGACCUGGUACGGCAAGAAGGCGGCCGACAUGGUCAUCGCCGAGUUCGCCAAGUGCGCCGCCAAGAGCAAGGUGCGCAUGGCUGCUGGAGGUGAUAUUACCUGUAUCAUGGACGGCUGGGUUAAGUCCAUCCUGGACUCCAAGAAGUGGCGCGAGGCCGAGGCUGCCGGUUCCACCGAGGGUCUUGAGAAGCCGACUCCUCUUCUCCGCGAGUUCACCGACUACGAGAUCGCCCAAACCGUCUUCACUUUCCUCUUCGCCUCUCAGGAUGCCACCAGCAGUGCUGCCACUUGGCUCUUCCAGGUCACUGCCCAGCGCCCUGAUGUUCUUGACCGCAUUCGUGAGGAGAACCUCAAGGUCCGUAACGGAAACCGUCAUGCCGAGCUCAACAUGGACCAGCUUGAAUCUUUGACCUACACCCGUGCUGUUGUUCGCGAGCUCCUCCGCUGGCGCCCUCCUGUCAUCAUGGUGCCAUACUUGGCCAAGAAGCCUUUCCCCAUCACCGACACGUACACCGUCCCCAAGGGCGCCAUGAUCAUUCCCACCGUCUACCCUGCGCUCCGCGACCCCGAGGUUUACGACCGCCCCGAUGAGUUCGAUCCCGAAAGAUACUACACCGGCGAUGCUGAGGCCAAGGGCGCGAAGAACUUCCUCGUUUUUGGCGUCGGUCCUCACUACUGCCUCGGCCAGGUCUACGCUCAGCUGAACCUGGCUCUGAUGAUUGGCAAGGCGUCCAUUCUGAUGGACUGGGUGCACCACGCUACCCCAUUGUCUGAGGAGAUCAAGGUGUUUGCGACCAUUUUUCCCAAGGACGACUGCCCUCUGACCUUCAAGGAGCGCGCAUAA